UGCCACCGGGAACUUCCCAUUGUAAAUGUGUUCUUCAGGCAACUGUAAGUAGCGGAUAUUCAUGAGACUUGGCUGCAUUACAACAAUUUACUAAUUUGCUACCGGUUUCGGCCACUGGUCAUCAUCUGGCACGAAAAAUUGGCUACUGUUUAAUGAGUGAUAAUACCGUUCCAAGCUUUCCUUACAGUACAGAGCAGGUGUGUAAGGAAAUGUUCGAUUACAGAUAGUGUCACAACUUCUGUGCCCAUAAAUAUUCGGAGUCUGAAUACUGUAGAGUACGGGGUGCUGCUCAGAGUGAUACUUGUUUGUUGCCAACAUAGCUCCAUAAAUACCAACCUUUUAACGGAUAGCGGGCGAUGUUUGAUCAGAGUCACAUCUGUGGUAGCAAGAUCUUUGGGGUGUUUUCGUUUGUCGUGUGCGGUAUGUUGUGAUGCGUAUUUUCCUUGUGUAUCAUUGUUUACAAAAGUAAUGGAUAAAGGUAUUAGAAAGCAUCAUGGUUGCUGCUUAGUGAAGUACAUUUAAUUUCUCGUUUCAUCUGUUGGGAGGAGAAGUUUAGUUACUAUGGCUGGUGAUGAAGAUGAAGAGAUGCCGAUCCAGAAGGGACCGAUUGACAACGCAUGGGCUAUGAAGAUACCAUCGUUUAAGAAAGAAGACAACCCUCACCGAUUGCUGGAAGAAAGUUCAUUUGCUACGUUAUUUCCGAAAUACAGAGAACAUUACUUAAGGGAAUGUUGGCCACUUGUGCAGAAAUCGUUGGACGAAUAUGGUAUCAAGGCUGAACUUGACCUUAUUGAGGGUAGUAUGACAGUAAGAACAACUCGACAUACUUGGGAUCCAUAUAUAAUAAUUAAAUCUAGAGAUAUGAUAAAGUUGCUAUCCCGCAGUGUACCAUAUGAGCAAGCAGUCCGUGUGCUUCAAGAUGACAUAGGUUCUGAUAUAAUAAAAAUUGGAUCAUUAGUAAGAAACAGAGAGAAAUUCGUUAAAAGGCGGCAGAGGCUAAUAGGUCCCGAUGGGUGCACUUUGAAAGCUAUUGAGCUACUAACUAACUGUUACGUUUUAGUUCAAGGGCAAACAGUUGCAGCCCUUGGACCUUAUAAAGGACUUCAACAAGUUCGCAGGAUUGCCGAAGAUACAAUGCGAAACAUUCACCCAGUUUAUAACAUUAAAGCGCUCAUGAUAAAGCGCGAACUCUCAAAGGAUCCCAAACUUAGAAAUGAGAACUGGGAAAGGUUUCUUCCAAAAUUCCAUAGCAAGAAUUUAAGCCACAGAAAGAAGCCAAAAAUAAAGAAGACUAAGAAGGAAUACACACCAUUCCCACCUCCGCAGCCGGAGAGUAAAGUGGAUAAAUUAUUAGCAUCAGGAGAAUACUUUCUAAAAGAAGAACAACGUCGUGCCAAGAAACGCAAGGAAAAAGACGAUAAGCAAGCAGAAGCUGCUAAACGACGUGAAGAAAAACGGCAGAAAGUGUUUAUUCCUCCUGCUGAACCUGAAAGGAAGGAUGUGAAACCUCAUACAAGUACUGAUGUGGACAUUAAUGCACUUAAAAAGAAAGUUAAGGAAGCACAGAAGAAAAACAAAAGUAAGCCACAGUUUGAUAUAAGACAGUAGUGCAGUGCACCUUAAAAGCUCCAGUCAGUCAGUUCAUUGUUCUGCAGUGACACCGAGUGACUUUUGUUAUAAAUUUAUGAAGAACUAUGUCAUGGCAGAUUUCACGCCAUAAUUUAUGCCAUUUGUAGCGGUGUGUGACAAAUGUACAUAUUUUGUUCUGUUCGAAAUGAUUUUCUGAUAAAGUGACAAGGAAAAUUUGCAAUAAAUCUGGAUUUAUGUUGGUAGCAUACUGUUUGUUGUACAUGAAACAUUUCCACAUUUCUGUAAGUUUGUGUCACAUUUGAACAUAGACUUUUGCCAUCACACCUGAAAGCAACAGUGCGGUACUCAUCUCUCUUAGAAAAGGCUUAGGAGUGGUGUAGAUUAUAGAUUUUUAUUUGCUGGAGUACAUAAUGUGAGUUAAUGAAGUGCUAUACCAUUAUGGAGGCUGCUGUUUUGUCAACAGUGAGAGUGACUUGUGCUUUCCAUAAUGGUUUGCAGAUAAGUGUCUGAUAAACAGUGGAGCAAAACAAUAACACAUUGCUUCCUGAACAUGACUUAGUCUGGCUGUGAGACUUAGAAAUGGUCAGGGGGGGUAGUACUCCCCCCCCCCUUUCCAUUACCCUUUUUGAAAUCUAGGUUGAAAUUAUAUAAUGAUAGACAGGUUGAUAAUGUAGCUCAAGGUCUGUGUUAGAUGGGUAGCUGACAAUUUGGUUUUGAGUUGGUGAAGCCAAAGGAUAUGAUUAAGAAAUAAAGAUUGUGGCAACAGAUUUAUUUGUAGUGUAGCCCUAUGUCUUACAUUUGCACCAUAAUUACUGAAUUUUUCAUGACAAAAACUAGAAGUGCAAUGUAAAUUUAGAAAUACUGUAUUACAGAACACGUACAUCUGUGGUGAGUAUUUCAUUGCAU